UGAGGAAAUUCACACGGGAAGGAAACGGGAAAAAUAAUUUGCAUAUUUUUAAUUCAUAUAUAGGCGAAAAAAACCAUUAGAUUAUACUAUAUAAAGAAACUAAGAAUGCUAGUAUUCUAUACUCGAGCACUUUUCAUUUACACACUAGCGUCAGUUCAAAAAACUUGAAUGGACAUUGCUCAAUAUGCGAGAAUCCACUGUAAUUGGAAGUCCCCAGUGAGAUGCCAUUUGCAGAAACACCUCUCCAUAUAGCUGCUUCCAAAGCCCGGACCAGCCUUGCUCUUGAAAUCUCGAGGCUAAAGCCUACACUAGGGAGGAAAUUGAACCUUGAUGGUCGCACCUCUUUGGACCUGUCUUUGCGUAAUAGACACAUCACCACUGUGAAGCGGCUUGUCAGACAUAAUCCGGACCUCGUUUGUGUCCCAGGGAGGGAAGGAAUCACUCCAUUGCAUUAUGCAGCGGAAUCAGAUGAAACUGCUGUGCGUAUUGCAGUCAGAAACAAAAACUUAAAAGAGGUUCAUAGAAGUGACGACAUAGCAGUUAUAAGAUUUAGAGAUGAGCAAGGCAAUACAGUGCUGCAUCUUCUUGUAGCAUUAACUCACUAGCUGCAGAGGUACAACAAACACUCCAAGGUUGUAGUUAAUGUAACAUUGGAGGGAAGUCCUGGGCCAAUCCGAACAAUGGUGAAAUUAGGAUCCAGUGUUGAGGAGAUGAUAAAGCUUGUGAUUAGAAAGUACAACUCGGAAGGCCGCACUCCUCGUCCGGAUAAAGAUUUUGCUUCGAGAUGUGAAUUACACCACUCGUACUUCAGCGUUCAAUGUGAGUUAUUCAUUUGAUUUUUAACUAUUUCUUGGUUUUUUCUUAUACCAAAUGAAUAAUUACUCUGACAUGCCAUCCUAAUGUUGCUGCUUAUUGAAAGUGAUUGACAGUAAAUGAAAUGAUGAGUGUUGUUAAUUCUUGAAAACAUUGUAUAGCCUAUGUUUCAAUGGAAUUAAAAUUAUAUUUUCAGUAAACUUGAUAAAAGUUAAUGAGAUAUGUGAUUGAAAA